GUGUCUUGGCUGAUACUACUACGUUCUCUCUGGCUGUCUAUACUAGGCCUACCAGUACAUUGAUGUGUAGUUUAAAGUAAAGUGCGAAUAGCAACGGGAGACAUACUCCCUCUGUUUCGUUCGGGAAAAUCCGUAAAAAUGACGUAAACAUUCUCGCUGGGGGGAGACAAGAGGCAGCAGAGGCUAGGACUAGGAGGUAGCAAAGAGUCGACAUGUACUAUCUUUGGAGAUUAGGAGGUCAACAAUAGAUCUUACAGUACAACAGCCUUCUGGUACAGCCUAGAAACCAGUUGUUAUUGUAUUUUGUCCUUCCGUUUGAAACGGAACGUGAUAAUAUGGCUUCUUCGAUUGCCUCAAGAACCAGCAAUUCUAGUCUACUGCCUCGACAUUUGCUUCUUACUGGAGUUCCAGGAGUGGGCAAAACCACUCUAAUGAGCAAGUUGUAUGAUGUCCUUACCAAGCAAGGGAUUCAAUGCUCUGGGUUCAUCACUGAAGAGGUUCGUUCUGGUGGACGCCGCAUUGGUUUUGAUGUUGUUACAAUGGAUGGCCACAAGGGACAGUUGGCAAGAAUUUGUGACUCAACUGAUGCUCCAGGAUCAAGCAAAAGGCACUGUAAAGUUGGCCAGUACUCUGUGAAUAUACUGUCAUUUGAACAAACAGCACUCCCAACACUUCAGCCUCAGGGAAAAGAUAAAGGAAGAUCAUCAACAAUCUAUUUUGUGGAUGAAAUUGGGAGAAUGGAACUCUUCAGUCAGAACUUUAUACAGGCUGUACGAAAGGUACUGUCUAAACCUGAUAUCACAGUUGUGGCUACUAUACCAGUCCCUAAAGGCCGACCUAUUCCAUUUGUGGAGGAGCUGAGAAAUGGUGACUACUCUGUCAUAUUUGAGGACGAUCUAUUGCAGCAGUUUGGCACUGACGUCGCCUGUGUGGUCGCCUUCAAUCACACACGUAUCAAUGACAAGCGAUUCAAGGUGCCACAGUUGGUUCACGAAAUGAACAGUGACAAGUGACUGUGUGAUAUCCCUGGGUUGCCCUUGAAGUCCAGAUGUCGGUAGUCAGCGCAACAUCAUCAUGUUGCUAACUCAGCAUGUACUCGCUCACAUUCAGUUUUACAGCGUUCUGAGGAGGGCCUUGGUGACUUGUCACCUGCUGGGCAGCCUGUACCUGGGGUGUAGUGCUCGCAAAAGGUUUCGAAACCUAGCAUCAUCAACAACCUUGAUAGGAUGUAAGUUGUAUGUCGAGUGCAAUCAUUUCGAUCACAAGUCGAUCUAGUUGUUUCUUUUUUAAGGAAUCAUUGCCAUCAUAGGGAACACCCUGACUCAAACUAGUGUUUAUUGUUUGUUGUUGUGUUGCAUCAGCGCGUUUAGGGGCUGUAGCAGUGAUCUUUUCUUUUGCCUCUUUGCUUGCAACUGGGUGAGCCCUAUCCAGGUGUUUUUGCAUGUUAGUGGGGUUCCCUGAGAAUACAAAUGUUGUUGUUUUUUGCGUAAUAAACACUUAUCCUGUGAAGGAUUAUCCUUCUCAAAAUGUUCCCACACUAUACUAGUCUUUCCUGAUGCCAUGUUGAUUUAUAGACAAAGAGCGCGUUUAUUUUUUUAACCGGAUGUUUCGAUUGGAUUUGAAAACAACAAGAA